UCAAUUAAAGCUUUCAUUAACACCUUUAUAGAUAAAAAAAAAAAAAACAAAAAAAAAAAAACCAUUGCAUUUAUUAUACACAAAAAAAGAAUUUAAAAAGAGUUAGCACCAAAAAAAAAAAAUUAGGUAGCAAUUUUCUUUUCUUUCUUUCUUUUUUUUUUUUUUUUUUUUUUAAUACUAUUCAAAUUUAUUAAAUAAAACGAAAAUAAUAAAAUGGUGUUAACAUCAAAACAAAAAGAAGAACUAAAUGGAUCAAUUUUAGAUUAUUUAGAGUCAUCAAAUUAUAAAGCAAGUUUUGAAGAAUUUAAAAAAGAAACAGGUUCAGAAUUAGAUGUAAAGAAAAAAGGGUUAUUAGAAAAAAAAUGGACAUCAGUUAUUAGAUUACAAAAAAAAGUAUUGGAUUUAGAAGCAAAGGUAGCACAAUUAGAAGAAGAGUUAAAUAGUGGUGGUAGAGCAGGAGGAUCAAGAAGAGGAAAAGAAGAUGCAUUACCAAGACCACCAGAAAAGCAUACAUUAACAGGACAUAGAAAUUGUAUCAAUAGUGUUAGAUUUCAUCCAAUGUUUUCAUUGAUGGUAUCAGCUUCAGAGGACGCCACAAUGAAGGUAUGGGAUUUUGAAAGUGGAGAGUUUGAGCGUACACUUAAAGGCCACACCAACGCAGUUCAAGAUGUAGAUUUCGAUAAGACUGGUAAUUUAUUAGCAUCAUGUUCAGCCGAUCUUACAAUUAAACUUUGGGAUUUUCAAACCUAUGAUUGUAUAAAAACAUUACAUGGUCACGAUCAUAAUGUCAGUUGUGUUAAAUUCCUUCCAAGUGGUGAUCAAUUAGUCUCAUCGAGUAGAGAUAAAACUAUUAAAGUUUGGGAAGCUUCAACGGGUUAUUGCAUUAAAACUUUGGUUGGUCACGAAGAUUGGGUUAGAAAAGUAACAGUUAGCGAAGAUGGCAGUUGUAUAGCCUCAUGUUCAAGCGAUCAAACUAUUAAAACUUGGAAUAUUGUUAAAGGUGAAUGUUUAGCUACUUUUAGAGAACAUAGUCAUGUUGUCGAGUGUUUAGCCUUCUCUCCAGCAAAUAUUGUCGAAAUUCCAGGCUCUUUAUUAUCAACUCCUGAAGGUAAAUCUAAGGUUAAAGCAGGUCCUGGUGGCAAUUCUUUGGGACAAUGUGGCUAUUUAGCAACUGGUUCCAGAGAUAAAACAAUUAAAAUUUGGGAAUUGGCAACUGGUCGUUGUUUAGCUACUUAUGUUGGUCACGAUAACUGGGUAAGAGCUGUCAGAUUUCAUCCAUGUGGUAAAUUUUUAUUAAGUGUUGCAGACGAUAAAACUAUUAGAGUUUGGGAUAUAGCACAAGGCCGUUGUAUUAAAACAAUUAAUGAGGCUCAUUCUCAUUUUAUUUCAUGUUUAGAUUUUUGUAUACAUAAUCCACAUAUAGCAACAGGUGGUGUAGAUGAUGUAAUUAAAAUUUGGAAAUUGGGUUAAAUCAAAUUCACCAUCUCAUAUAU